AUGGCGCCAACCACGCUCAUCACCUUUCUUGUUCGUACUCCUCCAUCAACCAGAUCCGUUGCUCUCUUUGGUUCCUGGGACAACUUCUCCACUUCUUACCGUAUGCAACGAGAUUCACGCACGGGCCAGGAGCACUGGUCAGGCUGUCAUAGCUUCUCCAACAUUAUCUGUGAUGGAGAUCCACAACCUUCCGGUACUCCUAGAGACGGUGGACUUAAGAUGGGCGGUACUUAUUGGUACUAUUACAAACUGGACGACGACAUUGAAUUUCAUAAUUCAACCGAGCCUUCCACAACAUCCUGUCCCCUGCUACCUGGUCAAUUGGUCAACGUGUUGAACGUACCGUAUGCUUUCAGUAGUGGACGCUCACGAAACGAUAGUGUCAGCUCCACCAGUUCUGAUUAUCGAACCAUGAACCCAAGUGACAAGUUCAUGAACCCUCGUCCCGUACCUGCCAAACCAUCACUACCACGUCUGAAGACUUCUCCAACAUUAUCUCAACACACUUGGUCGACGAGUAGCUCGCCUAUUAGUGCCGGCUCACGGAGAGGGCGGUCUGUCUCAUCCCGGGGAACACCUCAGCCAGGAGGUGCAAACACAUUGAGGAUCAUAAGGCUUGCAAGGAAACCUUCGGUGGAUACAUCUAGUCGCUCUACCUCCCGAGGCAGCAACCGAUCAGUUGGUAUCAUCGGUGCUUUCAAAGCUCUGGCUUCUCCUCGUUCCACAAGUCCUGAGAUCGGGGUAGAACGUGGUCGACCAAAGACUUCUAAGCAAGAUAUUCCACGCCAUGUUCUUUCCAAGAAGACUGCACUGACCUUGACCCCGCCAAUCCCAGAAGUUACAGCGCUUUCACCAACUGGGCCAACACGUGAGCUUGCCCUUCGAAGAGAAUUUGAAGAGUCGAUGGAUGGUAAUAUUGGACUCGCAAUCUCGUCUUUCCAACAGCAUCGAAGACAAAGGUCUCUUUCCCGAGAACCAUCUUCGCUGCGGAAUUCCCUCCUACUUGAUGACGCUGCAAACCAAAAAUCCUCCGAAGUCCCAACGACCUCGUACAGACCAAUGGAAACUCUCAAGGAGAUGGCAUCGACCACCAACACUCCGAUUUGGCCUCUCACUGCUAUCAAGAUUGAAGGUGAAAAUCUGGUCGACGACGACGGCAGGGAUGAGCCUGAUCUUGGGAAAAGGCUGCCGACACUACCCAACAGUCCCUCAUCAGCAUACCCACCCAGCAGUGUCGCCGACGACUCUCCAAGGCAGCUUUUUGAAGAAGAACUUGCAAACCUUCAAAGUCAUUUCUCGGCAACCACCAUCGACACCGAGUCCUACACCAACAGUUACAUCAUUAACGAUCAGAGUCGUUUCUCUGAUUGGACUUGUAGCACAACCAGGUUUUCACCUGUUUCAGACUGUGCUGACAGCAUCAUUGAUCUCGAUCCAAUGAGUCCUACAGUCGCUUUGGACGACACCCUCAGAGAGGUGAAAACCAUGUCUGUGGCCGGGCAAGCGGCACAGAAGUCUGACCUGGAAAAAGGCUAUUCUAUACCCUCAAUCGAUACACUGCCAUCGGCUUUCAGCUUCUCUACAAUCAGCUCGGUUGCUUCUUCUGCGGUGCAAAGCUCGCAUGUUGAUAUUGAUAGCCCUAAUGAUGGGGACUUCUCUUGGUCCAAAUUUCAGCAUUACAGUUUGCCCACGGAUGAGACUGGGUCCAUCACCACACUCAAGCAAGUCACUUCACCAAAACAAGUGUCACCCCUUGUUGUUGAUGGAGUCGAACGCGACCAAGGCUUUCAGCCUCAACUGACAUCAUAUGCUGGAUCGGAUAUGCCACAUUCAACCAGCAUGAAACAGCUGCUUGAUGAGUUGAGCUAUCUCGGAGAUAUGAUCCAGCAUCAUUAG